AUGUACAGUCAAUUAUCAGAAAGUGAUAGAUUAAAGUAUAUAGAGUUAUAUACUAUUGUUAGUAGUUUGGGAUUGGUGAUAUCUGAAGAAAGUUUGUUAUCAGAGCUAAGUAUCGCUGAUUGUAAAAGACAUUCUCAAAAGAUUGAGAAAUUGAAAUUGUUGGAAUUAAAGUGUGUUAAUUCGGAAGCUAUUGAAAGUGAUUUAAGUGUAAAGGAGGUAGAAGAUAGUGAUAAUAUGACGUUUACUCCUAAAAGUACUACUUGGACUGCAAUGGUCAAUGUUUUUGACUCCAAGAAGGAAAAGUUUUCUAUUUUUUUGAAGAAGUUGGUUAAUGCUAUGAAGAUUGAUGGUGUUGGCGAUUCCGAUAUUCAAUUAAUGUUAUUGAAAGCUAAACUGGAUACUGAAUCUGCUUAUAGACUAGAUAAUUAUAAAGAAAGUAAAGGAAACAUUACUUUUGUUCAAGCAAGUGCAUUUUUAACUGAAGUAUAUGAUGGAGAUAGAGCAAGAAAUAUGGCUUCUAUAAAAGCUGAGAAAACUUCUUUGGAUGGUAUUGAUGAAGCAACUAAAACAAGAACAAUUAAGACACAGUUAAGAAAUAAAUUGAGUUUUAAUGUAGUAUUAAAGACAAGAUUCUUGGAUAGAUUUGAUUUUUAUUCUGAUUUUUGUGAAUUAGCUAUGGAUAUAUCUGAUUAUUGGUAUGCUAUUAAUGAUAAGAAAGGAAGAGGUAAGAAAAAUUUACAUGAAAAUAAUUUGGGUAAUAAUGGCAAUAGAAAUUUUGAUAUAAAUAAGAUUCAAUGUCAUAAAUGUAAGAAUUAUGGGUAUUAUGCAAAUAAGUGUGAAAAUAAAAUGAAUGAAACUGUAAAGCUUGAAAAUAAGAAAGAUCAAUAUUCUAAUAAUAAGGUAGUUUCAAAUGUAGAAUCUAUUGAACUUAAGGAAAGUGUAAGCAAAGUAAAUAAGAUUAGUAUGGUUAUUAAUCCUAAUCCAUUGAUUAUUUUGAAUAUGGGAGUAGGGAAAGGAUUUGUUGAUACUUUAACUGAUAGUGGUAGUUCUGUUUCUCUUAUGUCUUUGAAAUCUCUUAAAGUUUUAUUGAAGGAUGAAGAUAUUGAACUGAAGAAUACAGAUACCGUUUUAGUAGGUGCAUUUGGUAAUGAAACUGUUCCAGUUGGGAAGGUUAACAUGAGAGUUUCUUAUGAUAAUAUGCAACAUUUUAUUGAUAUUAUUAUUGUAUCACAAUUAAAUUAUGAUAUGAUUCCUGGUAUUAAUGAAAUAAAGUUAUUUAAUAUGUUAAAUAUUCCUUCUGAGUAUUUUUCAGCUGAAAUGGAGACUAAAAUAUUAAAUAAAGGUGAAAUAGUUAAAUCUUACUUAAAUAAUAGAGUUGUUAAUGCUGCGUCUGAGUUAGAAGUUUCAAAUGAGUAUAUUCUUGAGGAGAUUAAGAAAAAUUAUCCACAAGUUGAUAAAGUGUUGAGUAGACAUUCUAAUGAUAUUGGGAAAUUUAUUCACAAAGUUCCUAAGAUUGAAUGGGAUACUUCUGUAGAACAUUCAUAUUUUCCUUAUAAAUAUCCAGUUCAUCAGUUGGAAAUUGGUCAGUAUUUACUUAAAGAAAUGUUAGAUGCAGAUAUUUUAGAAGUUGGACAUGCAAGGUACUUGCAUAAUAUUAUUAUUGUAAAGAAACAUGUUAAUGAGAAUUCUGAUUAUCAAAGUAUGGAUAAUGGAAAGGUUGAUUUGAAUAAACAAUAUAGAAUUGUUGUUGAUUUAAGAAGUUUGAAUAAAAUGUGUGCAAAAGUAGAAAUGCCUGGGAUGCGUAUUGAAUCUCUUAUUCCACUUUCAAAGGAAGCUACUCGUUUUAUAUCAAUUGACUUAUGUCAAAGUUUUCAUCAGUUUGAGUUAGAUGAAGUUGAUCGUAUUUUUUUUGAUAUAGCUUAUCCUGGAAUGCCGUGUUUGCGUUUUAAAAGACUUCCGCAAGGAUUCAUUAAUUCGCCUGUUUAUAUGAAAUAUUUGUUAGAAAAGAAAAUUCCUUCUGAUCUUUUGCAACUUUAUUAUGAUGAUGGAAUCCGAGGUACGGAUACUGAUUUAUUUGCACAUAUUCGCAUUGUUGAGCAAAUUUUUAGAAAACUUGGUGAUUGUGAUUUGAAAAUUAAUGCUAGUAAAAGUCUUUUGUGUGCUACGAAAUUACAAGUUCUUGGUUUUGAAGGUAGUCAAUAUGGAGCUGAACCUGGUGCUCGUGCUCGUAAUAUUAUGGAAAAAUAUAAAGUUCCUAAGUCUUCUGAUGAUAUUCGUCGUUUUUUGGGUUUUAUUUCUUAUUAUAGAAGAUUUUUGCCUAAACUUGGAAUUUCGCUUCAACCAAUUACAAAAUUAUUGAGAAAAAAUGUUGUUUUUAUUUGGUGUGAUGAAUGCCAGUUGAAUUUUGAUAAAAUUAAGAAUUUACUUUUAGAAAAUCCUCGUUUGUAUACUGAGGUAAAAAAUGAACCAUUAAUGGUAAAUACAGAUGCCAGUUUUGAAGGUUUUGGAGGUUGUUUGUAUCAAAUGAUUAAUAAAGAAUUCCGGGAGAGAGGGGAGAUUAAUAGUGUUGCUGCGAAGAGAAAUAGAGGUAGACCGAAGAAAAUUUCAAACGAAUUAAACUUAGAUGAUGAAAAUGAUGAAGAAAACAAUUUAACAUCUAAUCAAAAAUUGUUUAUACAAAAAUUAUAUGAAAAGGGUCAUUUCUGUUACAAAAAAAUAUUUCAUUUAUUGGAUGAAAAAUUUGGUGAAAAUAAAAAAAAAAUGGCAAGAAAAGAAUUGAGAAAAAUUAUAAAAGAAUGCAAAAGUUGUUUGGAGAUAAAUAUUGGAAGAUCAAAAAAGAAAUCAAUUACAAUGAAAGUUACAGGACCUAGAGCAGUAGUGAAUUUAGAUAUUGCAGAACCAUUUAUGAAUCAGUCAGAUGUUGCGAAAGGAAAAAAGAGAUAUUUCAUAUCUCUCGUAGAUUACUGUUCAAAAACAUUUAUGCGAGAUUUAUUAAUAUUCUAA